CGAAAGCAAGUGGCCUUGUAAUUAGUCAGUAUGCUGCAAAUAUGCUGGUAGUCUGCUGACAAAAUUCCAGAAGGGUGUUAACUGUCUUUCUUUUUAUCGUGAAACUUACAAUUUCAUUUUCAUUUUUUACGAUAAGAAAGAGUUCAGAGCUGAAAUAUUAGCAGAAUGGCGAGUUUAGAGGACCACAAGUUGGAUGCAGACGAAAUACGCAGUUUAAUUUCGAUGUCAAGAAGAACACGUGUUAAGGAAGUGUUGCAGAGGGAACUACUGAAUGUAGAACAAGAAAUGGCGCUGAUAAAACACGAUGAAAUGAGCCAUCAAGCACAUCGAGAAAUAAAGGCUGAACAACCUGAAACUACUGGAGAGCCAAAAAAGUUAAAACCUUGCUCAUAUACGACAUCCAUUACAAGCUAUGCAUGGGAUCAGUCAGAUAAAUUUGUGAAGGUUUACAUAACUUUACCAGGCGUUGAAAAGCUUUCCAAAGAGAAAAUUGCAUCUAAGUUUACAGGGAAUUCAAUGGAUGUGAAAGUGUAUGACCUUGAUGGCAAGAAUUACCAGUUGAAGAUCAUUAGACUGUUCCAUGGCAUUGUAAGUGAGGAAAGUUAUGUCAAAGUGAAAAGUGGAAGUCUCUUAGUAAUGAUGAAAAAAGAGAAAGAAAAGGAAAAAUGGGAAGAUGUGUGUAAAAAGGUUACAGCAAAAUCUUCACGGGAUUUUGCUAGUGGUUUUGAUGAUAAGGCAAAAGAUCCACAGGAAUCGAUAAUGGAGUUGAUGAAAAAGAUGUAUGACGAAGGUGAUGAUGAAAUGAAGAGGACGCUUAACAAGGCGUGGACAGAGUCGAGGGAGAAAGCAACAAUGGACAUUUAAGCUCUAGUGCAUUUUCGUCUGAAAGACAAAGUACCUAAAAGUUAACCGUUUAUGUUAGUUAUAGAGAUUUUAAUUUGCCACCAGCAUAAUUGUUGAAGGAACCUUUAAGGAACAUUCAUUCUUUAGAAGG